UUACACAGGAAGUAGCUGUACAACAUAGUAAAAAUAGUGUGAGAUUAUCUAUAAACCACAGAACAGGUGGGUUGCUGACACUGUCAACGUGUAAACAAAGCUAGCAGCAAAGUUACAAAGUCAGUACAGCACUGCAGUCCUUGAUUGAAAAAAGUUAUUCUGGUAGCACCAAAAAUUAGCCUGUUGUCUGCCAGACUGGAGCUUUAAGCCAGUUCAGCAGUUUAGGCUGGCUGAAGUAUUGGGGAAGUCUUCCUCUAACUUCCUCUAAUAAGUGCUUUUCAGGAAAUUAAGCUCACUUACAAACGCAGAAGAUCAGAAAUAAGCAUGUUUUCCACAGCUCCAACAAGAACAAGGAACAAUGGGAACCAACCAAAUGGGAGUCCAGACUUUGUAGGAGAUACUAUGGACAGUCCAAGCAAGACGGAGCACAGAGGAAUGGCAGCUUAUAGAGUUUACAGGUUGGGUUUGCUGUGUUUAGGAGUGAUGUGCAUCCUGCAAGCCUCGCUCAAUAUCACCCUGCGCCUUUUCUCCAACGCUGCAAAACCCAAUGCCAAUGUUACCUGUGAAGAUGACCAACUUAGGACCAGCCUGAGACGUCUGACGACAGAGAAAGAGCAGUUACAGACCAGUUGCAACCAGCUGCAGAAUCAGUUCGACCGGCUACGUGAAGAGCUGCAAAGAAAAACACAGAGUGUACAAAAGACCUGCCCAGAUGGAUGGACAAGGAGAGGCACCAGUAUGUACUACAUCGGCACAGGAGAGAAGAACUGGCACCAAAGCAGACAGGACUGCAGAGAGAGAGGGUCAGACUUGGUGAUCAUCAACAGCCGUGAGGAACAGAGAUUCAUACAAGAGCUGAACUUGCAGGUGUGGAUUGGGCUGAGUGAGAGUCAAUCCACAUGGACCUGGGUGGAUGGGAGCUCACCAUCAUCCGAGUACUGGAUAAAUGGAGAACCUAAUGAAUAUCGAACUGGAGAGGACUGCGCAGAGAGCAAGCCAAACUACGAACCUCCGAACACCUGGAAUGACGAGAGGUGCAGCACUGUUCUGAACUGGGUCUGUGAAAGAGAGGCCUGUUAAAAACAACAUGUGUGAUAUAUUAUUAUCAACCGCCAUGACUUUCAGUUGGUGUUGAGUAGAGCUGCUGCAAUUUACUGACAUUAUUGGCUAUGUCGACUCUGAAAACGGCCCUGGACAAAUUAUGUUUUGUUGAUUUUCUAA